GUCAGAACUUUCGUGGUGACGCUACACGUCUGCCUGUGGUGGGCCGAGCGAGUGCGCAUGCGCUGCCCGACUGCGGACGAUUCCUUGGGAACCGCCUGUUCUCCUGCUCAAGUUUGACGAAUGAUAAAUGAUUUGGAAGAGAUUGCUGGGAUCUACCGAGAGCUCAGCAAAUUGCCAACUCCUUUGAAAGCCUGCGUCAGACCACAGGUUACGUUGAACCAUAAAGAAAAAUACAAUAUCGUCUAUGCAGAAUGGUCUCAGAGGGAUCUGGAGCGAGCUGAGUGGGUGAAGGCAUUUCAAGAGUACAUUGUAUUCCAUGAUGAAAGUUCCAUUGUGUGCACUGGCCCUUCAGGAAAUUGCACAGAACUGCAAGGCGAAUUGCUGAGUAGAGAUUCGCCCUCUGGCACUUUGAAGGCUGUCAUCAGGGAGCAUACCAACAGAAAGCAGGAAAAGCAGCAAUAUCUGGAGAUAUGGAACAAAACCUCCAAGGAGAAAAGCAUAAACCUGACAGCACUUGACAAGCAUGGCAAAGUGUAUGAAGAUGAUCAGUUUGGCUGCCUGGAGUGGUCUUACUCCGAGACUUGCAUUCUGUACGUUGCUGAAAAGAAAAGACCCAAGGCUGAAUCCUCCUUCCAGUCUAAACCAGAGCUCAGUGUAAAUGAGGACAUUGAUGACAACAGAGCAAAAAUUGGCCAGAAACCUGAAAAAGGAUGUCAGUUUGUAUAUUGGGAGGAUUGGGGGGAAGCCUUGACAAACAAGAGUACUCCAGUCCUCUGUGUCCUGAAUAUUGGGAACAGAAACAUCUCAGUACUGGAGGGGAUACCUGAGCAUAUUUCUCCAGGGCAGGCAAUCUGGGCUCCUGAGGAUACUGGAAUUAUAUUUGUUGGCUGGUGGCACGUGCCUUGGCGACUAGGUCUCAAAUACUGCACUAAUCGGAAAUCAGCUCUAUACUAUGUGGACGUAACAGGGAAUGAAUGCUUGCAGAUUUCUUCGGGAAUAAAUUCUGUACGUUCUCCACGCCUUAGUCCUGACCAGCAUCAUCUUAUCUACCUGGAGGGAGGCAACAUUAAGACUCACCAUCAGUGUUAUGGCCUGUCCUUGUAUAACUUGGAUAAAAAAGUGACAUCAACUGUGGUAAAGAUUGUGGAUUAUCCAACAAUAGAUGGAUUUACUGGUAUUUACUCUUCGGCACUGGCACGAAAAUGUUGGGCAACAGAUAGCCAACGAGUCCUCAUUGACACAGCUCAGAGAAGCAGGAAGGAUCUAAUUGUAGUGAACAUUGCAACAAAAAUAGUAACAUCUCUCACUGCUGGUUCAGAGAUGGGAAGUUGGACAUUGUUGGAUGUUCACCAGGACCUGAUUGUGGUCAGCUGCUCAUCCCCCAACUGUCCACCUAAUUUGAAAGUGGGUUUCCUGCCAGCUGCAGGGAAGGAGCAAGAGAUAAUCUGGAUGGCUCUAGAUAAAGUUGAACCAUUGCAAGGCAUAGAGUGGAAAAUCCUGACUUUUACACCUCCUUUCGAGCAAGAGAAUCCUAAAUUCCGGAGCCUCCUAUUUGAGGGUAUUUUGCUUGUACCUGGGCAGGAAAAAAGUACCAAACCUCCACUUGUUGUAAGUCCACAUGGAGGACCUAACUCUGUCUUCAUUACUUGUUGGAUGUUGCUGCCCACUGCCUUCUGUAGGUUAGGAUAUUCAGUGCUGCUUGUGAAUUAUAGAGGAUCUUGUGGCUUCGGACAAGACAGUAUUUGCUCACUGAUCGGUAACAUAGGAAGCCAAGACGUGAAAGAUGUACAGUUUGCUGUCGAAUGUGUGUUAAAGGAAGAGUUUGUGGAUUCUGAGAAGGUUUUGCUAAUUGGUGGCUCACAUGGAGGCUUUAUUGGUUGUCAUCUGAUUGGCCAGUAUCCUGGUUUCUACAAGGCCUUUGCCACAAGGAAUCCUGUCAUUAACCUGCCUUCCAAGCUAGGGAUAACAGAUAUUCCUGACCACACCGUGGUGCAAGCUGGCUUUGAUUUUGCCCCAGACCAGUUACCCAGUCCCUCUGUGUUGACAGCAUUGUUGAGCAAAUCACCCAUUAUAUAUGUCUCUCAGGCAACAACUCCUGUUUUGAUAAUGUUGGGUGAAAAAGACAAAAGGGUUCACCCAUCACAAGGUCUCGAACUCCAUCGUGCACUGAAAGCCAGAGGGGUUCCUGUACGGUUAUUGUGGUACCCUGAUGACAACCAUGCACUCUCUAAAGUUGACACAGAAGCUGAUGUGUUCAUGAAUGUUGCUAUGUGGUUUAACUUCGCACUGAAUAGACUGCAACAGCUUGAGACAAUCGAACAUAUUGAAGCCAGUCCUACCAAAGUCUAAUCUAACUUUAGUUAAAAGUAGCUGAACUGCAGCUAAUCUUAGUUGAUGAUCUGAUAGUAUCCGCAGUGUAUUUCCUCUUAGUCCCACUGAAGAGCUGUACAUUGAUCUUACUCGUUCACGUAUCAUUGCCUCAGUAGUAUCUUUUCUGUAAAUUAAUAGUUGUUCUAAUAUCUCACACAAAGGUUUAAGUGGAUAAUCUAAGAUGACAAUUCUGAGUGAACCAGGGAGAAUGCAAUAUUAUUGGAGGUUGUCUGUCUUGGUUAAGAUAUUAAAUAGAAAUAUCUCUGCUUAUUUAAAUCCAUGGAGUCUAUCACUCAGGAGUUUUUUGAAGAUUCUCAAGGAGUGUCACGGGCAAGGUUCGUCCUUCAUCCCUGACCACUCCAACGAACAGUCUGCUCGUUUGCUAUUUGUGGUACCUGGAUAUAGAACGAAUGCUAUAUUGAAAUCUAAUUUAUUGAAGGUGAAAUACUUUGGGAUAUCAUGAUAAUAUAAAAGAUGAUGUUCUUUCUUUCUUUGUGGCUUUAUAAAUCUUCAAUAUUCAAAUAUGUAGAUCUUGCUGGAUUUAGUCUAUCCUUAUGUUUACCUUCAUGUUCCACCUGGGAGAAAUGAAAGAUGGUAGAGCUGUUGCUUCAAAGCUUCAGUGACCUGAUCUCAACCCUAAACUCUGGUGCUGCCUGUGUGGAGAUUGCAUGUUUUCCUUGCACCUUGCUACCUCCAGGUGCUUGAGUUUUCACCUAUAUCCUUUGGAUGUGCAAUUUGGUAGGUUAACUGGCAACUGUAAAUUGUCCCUACUGUGUAGCUGAGUUGGAGAAUCUGGGGGGAAUCAAUGAGAAUGUGGGGAAAAUAGAAUGGAAUUAUAAAUGGAUGCUUGAUGACCAUCCUGGAUUUAGUGGGCCUGUUUCAAUGCUGUAUAGCUCUAUGGUUAAAUGAAUUUCAAAGCAACACAAAUGUUGAAUGCAAUGUGCUGUCCAAGAAGCCAUGUAAUUUACCAAAUUAUAAUCCAGAUUAAGUUAUAGAAUGAAAAAUCUUUUUUUGCUGAUAGAACUUCAAAUGCAUCUCUUAUGUACUACAGGAACAUGUUCUGAUACUGAAGAUUUAGUCCAUAAUUGGGUUGAGACAAAGAAAACUUUAACCUGUGUUAUAAUUGACAUCUAUAUCCAAAAUUUCAACUCCUAAAAAGGUGAUUCUCUCCUCUACUAGAAUGUAAAGCAUUCUUUGUUUUCCCAAUUGUGAUUAUUCUUCUGUGUGGAGGACAUAAAUCUAUGAAUGAUGAUAAAAUCAGACUUUAUUUUGAUGCAUGCACUUUAAUUUUUAAAUAUAAUGACUAAUAUUAUGAGUUGGAUUCAACAAAUAUUCAGAUUUAGAGUUUUAUAGUGACUGUGCCAGGUCCAUCUCCUUGACAAUCUUGGCGUUGAUGAUUUUGUUCCAGUCAACUGUCGUGUGUGUAAAUGGUAACUGGCGCCGGAGACCUUUCAGCAAACAAUCUAGCUUUUGGUAAUUUUCCAUCAGAGCAAGCUGAAGGGAGAGAGAAAAUAAGAAGCUAUUCUUUGUCUGCUCAUAAUAGAGAUUAUUGAACUUUCUAUCAUACAAGCACUCAAGCUUUGAGACAAACAAAAUUAUUUUCUCAACCAUCACAUGAUUUGAUAAUAAAAUUAAAGCUUCAUGUGGAUAUUGGAAGCCUCAAUUUUAUUGAAGAUUUUAAUGUUCCUCUUCCUAUCAUUUGGUUAAGAAUAUCAUAUGUGAAGAGACAUUGCCUUUUUUUUGGCUUUCUUAAUACAUUUUGGGGCUUAAGGUGCUGGUUUCACGAAAAAGACCUGCAUUCUCAUUUGUGGAGGAGAUGAUCUAUACAUUGUUCUAGAAACAGUGCCAAAUACAAAUUUCCACUUGUCUUUCCACAACUUAUGCCCUGUUAGAAAAUGAAAAAUAGUUUUAUAAUGGUCCUUUUUUAAUUUAAAAAAGAAAAUCUUCUGACCUUUUUAGGACAUCUACUAAUGAAUAAAGUUAGCAAAUUAGCUUAAACUGUUCAUUGUUGGGGCACUAGAAUUAAGAAAAAAAAGUGUGUGAAAAUGCUGCAUAUGUGGUCAGAAUCUGAAAUACAGAUAGAUUUAUGGGUAACCCAUGCCCUAAUAUUUGUCUUUGCAGAUGCUAUGUUUUUUCCAAAAAAUUUUUUAAGUGUGGCCAACACAGGCAAGAUGAGUUUGUCUUGCCCGUUCACAAUUGCUUUGACAUGGUGAUGGGCCUCCUAUUUGAAUUGCUACAUUUGAACAGAAAGGGUGCAUUACCACAGGUAACAGAGCAGGUGAAUGAGUGGUUAAGAAGGCACAUGGAAUAAUUCUCCUUUCUGACAAAGAGCAGGAAGCUCAUGCUGGAAGUGCAUGAAACCCUGGUUUGGAACACAGCUAGAGGACAUGUCAAGUUCAGGUCAUCACAUUACAGGAAGGAUUUACAAUGGUGUUGGCAAGGCUGAUGAAGAUGAAAUAUGAGGAAUCAUUAGAUGUGUUGAGGUUUGUUUUCUUCAGAAUAGAGAAGAUGGAGGGGAUAUUUAAUUGAGGUGCAGGUAAUUAUGAGAGGCCUAGAUGGGAUGAAUCAGAUGUGGAAUUUUCUAUGGCAUAGAGACAAAUAACUAAUGGACAUCAAUUUAAGGUAACAUGUAGAAUUAGAGUGGAGAUGAGAAUUUUGACCCAAGGAGUGAUGGGCUAAGGAACUCAUUGUUUGAUAGGAUGGUAAAGGCAAAGACUGUCAUCCGAUUUUUUAAAAAAAAGCUGAUGAAGCAUUUACUGUGUUGUAAUCUAAAAGUUUGUGGGGCAAGAGUUGGGAAAUGGGAUUCAUCUGAAAAGUUUUUAUUGUUACAAUGAGCUUGAUGGU